AUGGGUAAUUCCAUCUCGCACAAGCAAUUACAUGCCAGUGCCACCGGAAAAGUGAUAUUGUCGGAUGGGUCGGUGCAUCAGUUCAACAAGCCCCUAACAGUUGCUGAGCUCAUGCUAGAGCACCCACAACAAGUGGUUGUCGAAUUCGGAGCGGCUGUCUCUGAAAAAAGGCCAACCCCAUUGCCUGCAGAUAUGGAGCUAGACAAGAAAAAGGUUUACUUAAUGCUGCCAAUGAAGCAAGGGAAACCAGUCUCUUUGUCAUCACAAGAGAUUCAUGGUGUUGUUUUAAGUGCAAAUUUGGUUUUACGAUCAAGGUCACUAUUGUCAUCUUCAAGGUUUUUACCUUUCCUUGCUAGGAUAUGCCCAGCAGGCCAUCCUGGACAAGCUUGUGCUCUGCCAAACAAGGAAUCUUGUGCGGAGAGGAUGUCGAAUUCGAAGUACAUGCCACAGUUUGAUCUUCCGGAAGAUUUGGACGCGAGACCAGAAUAUUUGAGCAGGCAGUUUUCAGGCAAGGGUACUUGGAAACCAAAUUUGGAUACCAUUAAGGAGAAGAAGGUUGACAAGAAGAAAUCUCAUUGGUUAUUUUGA